AUGGUGAGCAAGGCGCCGUUGAAUCAAUGCAUUCUGGCAUCCGGGUCUCUGCAUCUUUCACCCCCUCAACCGCAAGAAAGGGCCGCUGCAUUUCGCUCUAAUCUCAAGCAUCACUUACGCGAUUUGGGCAAGGUGGAUUUGCGCACAGCUCCUGCUGAUGUUGUUGUAGAAGCAUUGAAGAGAUCCGAGAUCCAGUCUGGGUUCCUUCUGAUGGAGUCAUCACUUGACGGAUGGCAGGAGAGCUUGGGCGAGGCAAACCGGCUGAUGAUCAGUGAUGUUCAGAACGAGUCUGUCCUCUGGCGCGAUGGCAUUUGGUCAAUGGGGGUCAGUGACAUUGUCAGCGCGUUUGACAUCGCAGGAGAACAUCGCGACAAGCUCAAGCAAGCGUACAACAUUUACCCGAAUAGGCCGUCCUCGUGUAAGCUUGGGGCGCUGGACUUCAUUAACGAUUACAAGUUCUUGCUCCCUAUCCAGGAGAUGGUUCAGCUCUGUAAACGCGCCGAGACGCCCGUGUACCGAAGUCUCAUUGAUGAGGCCAACCCUUGGCAGCCAUCGAAUGGAGCGCAUCACGCGAUCGAUCUGAUCCUCCUGUUUGGCGGUUUCGACUCGUCAUUAUCUCCAGCCGCCAAGGCGACUGGCGAAGAGAUGCGCAGAUCGUGGAUUCGGUUCAUCCAUUCGCAGGAGCCUUGGUCUCCGAUCUCAACCGCUGCCUUUGGGCCCUUUGGCAUGUUUCAGGAGCUCGAUGACACCGAAGUAAGAUCGCGAAGGCGCAUAGAUCAGGCGAAAUACUUGCAAAGCGUUGGAUCGCAGGCGCUGGACAAAGUGUUUUUGGCUCUAGCUGCAGGAAGAAUCAGUCUUCUGAAUUAA